GGGCGUGGUAGCCAACUCCACAUUGUUCAAGUGUGAAGCUGAAGACAGACAAAACAAAUAAGCCAUGGACUUUCAGUCAAGGGAUUCAAGGUGAUACCUACACACCAGUGAAACAGUAGAGUACCAAACACAGGCAGGCAGUCAGCUAUGGACCAUAAAAAUGGUCUGACCAACCCUCUCUCUCAGGAGGAGAUUGAGAAACAGAAGGCAGAGCUUGAAACACUCGUGAAUGCUGGUAAGCUGACGAGGGAGAGUGCUCUGGCAAUAGCGGAGAAGUUAGGUCUCAUCAGUGCGGCCAAGAUAGAACGGACUAGUAGCAUCACAAAGUCCACACAACUCUUCAACUUUAGCGUCUACAAGUGGAGCAAGGGACGUACAGUACAGAGGCUCAUUUUACAGUUUGAUUUCCAGUCCAAAACGCUCUCCAGUAUUCAACAUGGAACACGAACAAAGAAGGUCACCUUCACUGAAAUCACUUCCUACCAGAGCGAGGACGGACUUCGGCUCACAAUUCAGUUUUCGUCUCAGAACGAGUACGAGUUGGACGCUGACACUCAGGAGGACAAGAACAAGAUGUGUCGGCUCCUGGAGGCAGUCAUGCGUUCAAUGGCCAUGGCCCCUAAUCUAGAUACCUCCGAGUACAGCAGUGAGGUACCAAGCCCCACCCCCUACCCAGCCGAGGUUGAGCAGGUCCCCACCACCACCACCACUGAAGUGUUGAGCAAUGGCACACUUGAACAUGGCAUCACUAAGGGGGCCAGUCAUGACGCACACACAGCUCUGAGUGAGGAGGAGCGUAUUGACAAGGCUCUGCUCUCGGACAGUGGUCUCACCUCACCCAUUCUCUCCAGUCCACCCAUUAAAGAGGACAUGGUUGAGAAGAAAGGACACUCUGCCAAGUUCAUGCUCUGGGCAAAACGAUGGCUACGAGUGUGUGAAGGAGAGCUCAUGUACUACAAGCCAGAUGACAUUGAGAAUGCCCUGAACAUUAUUCCGCUGACCCCUGGAGUGACAGAGGUCAAGAAGAUCAGUCACAAUCAGUUUAACGUCAACUUGAGUGGCUCCAACAGAGUGUUCAACUUCAGAGCCCUCCCCAGUGCAGGGAAAUCAGCUCAGCAGAACAGAAAUGAGUGGUGCGAGGCUAUUCAGAAUGGUUGCUACAAACGACGAGAGUCUGCAGCUGGUCUGAGGAAGGGAACAGUGACUGCCAAGCAGAUAAUGCCUAAGGCACCCACCUCUUCUAUUAUACGUCGACUCACUUUGAGACGAGCCUCCUCUCCAAACGACCAGGCCGGCUCUUCCCCCACGGACGAGGGGGGCAUGAAACAAUAUUCAGAAAGCCCCCCUCAAACACGGAAGGCCGAGAGACGAUCGAAAACCUUCGCUGGGAGUGGUAGUUACAAGAAGCCGAGGCUUUCGUUUCAUAACAAGAGUCCCGAUGAAGCUGAAGAUGUUGUACCCUUAGCUCCACUGCGUACUAAGAAACUGAAGAAAAGGACUCAACGUUCUGGGUCACAGUUUUACGACAACGAGGAUAUUACUCGACGGAUUAUUGAGCCGAGGGAUUUCCCUGAACUGAAUCUGAAGGACAAAGGAGCAAAGGAGCUGUUGCUAAUGCUGAGACCGCAAUUCAAUGAGCUGGUCCCCAUUAUCCAAACCUUCACCAUUGGCAGUUCUGAAGUUGAUCAAAUGAUCAUUCGUAUCGACAGUAUUAUCUGUGCCCUGGAGGAAGAGUUUUCAGAGAGAACAGGAACACCUCUAAGGGAGCGCACAUCCAUUACCCAGUCGGACACUCAAGACGAAUUCUCAUCGUCCCCUGAGCAUCAACAACUCUCUACCGUCAUAGAACAAAGUACCAGCAAUCGCUCCAGUAGGCACGCAUCUCCCGCCCUGCCCACACCGGGAAUGGGUGUGGUCUCACCUAAGGGGGUGGGGUCUCCAGAGAGAGCCAUUAGCCCGAGUGCCUCUGAUGAGCCCACCUCUGAGGAUUCAGAGAUUAAACUUCGUUCUGGAGCUAGCAGUAGAACAAGCCUGAGAAUGUCGUUAAAGAAGUUGAUAUCACCGGAAGAGCUAGAGAAAGUACUGUCACCAGAAGAGCUGAAACAUGUGCUGGGGGAAAUGGAAAUGGAGGACGAUGCUCAAACAGCAUCUGUCCACUCUUCCUCCAGUCACAAAUCCACGCCCAUCACGUCGCCCAUCCACGAAGAGCACACCUCCACUGGAACCCCUCCUCCAGCCAUGCCUCUGUUUCCCAGUGAUACUACUCCCCCUACAGGUGUACCCAAUGCCCCGCCCCCUCCUCCACUGUUUCCCGGGAUACCCGGAGCACCGCCCCCUCCACCACUGUUUCCCGGGGUCCCUGGAGCUCCGCCCCCUCCACCUCUAUUCUCCGGCUCGGGACCACCUCCCCCGCCCCCUCUUGGUGGUGGCUUCUCAUUCGCCUCUCUAUUACCCCCUAAAAAGAUUCCUACCCCUGGCGUAAAGUUGAGGAAGAUUCACUGGGACCCUCUCAAACCACAGAUUGUGAUGGAGAGUGGGUGGAUGGAGUGGGGGAAGAAUGACAAGAUACCCAGCAUCAAUCUGAAGGAUCUGGAGAAUCUGUUCGGAGUGGAUAAGGACAAGGACAAGAAAGCAACACCAAAUUUGGUAAGAAAGAUUGAGAUGAAGACUCUCCUGGACACUACCCGCAGUCGUAACAUUGAGAUCUUCCUCCCCACGUUCCCCUAUCCCCUCGUGUCUCUGUCAAGUACGCUCGACAAGCAGUUGAACGUUGUGACAGAGCCAUCCGAGCUAGGGCUGGACCAUGUCAUUGCUCUCAAGAGAUAUCAACCCACUGAAGAGGAGAAAGAGAUGUACAAGAAGUACGCUGGAGACAAGAAUAACCUGCAGAAUGGAGACAUUUUUCUUGUCAAACUGUGUGAGGUUCCGCUGCUCUCUAUACGACUGGACCUCCUCUUCACCAUCAGAGAGUUCCCUUCAAACUUUGAGGGAUUUCAACCAUCCCUAGACCUCGCCUGGCAGGCCACUCGAGAGCUGAAACACUCCAAACACUUUGUGGAUGUGCUCUGUUACGUGCUGGCAGUGGGCAACUACCUCAAUGCUGGCUCACGACAAGGCGGAGCUUACGGGUUCAGACUGGCCAUCCUACCAAAGCUGGUCGAGUCGUACGGUCAGAAUAAGAAGACGUCUCUCCUCCAUUUCCUAGUGCAGCAGAUACACAGUAAACAGCCAGAGCUACUGGACAUGCCGGUCAAUAUGGAGGCCGUGGCCAAGUCAUCAGACAUUUCCAUCACUGGCAUCUUGGCAGAAUUGGAAGUGAUGCAGAGGGAGCUUGAUAAGAUAGAGCGAUAUGCCAACAAGGUUGUAGAGCAGUCCAAGAUGGACAAGAAGACAGCUGACAAGCUCCUCAAAGACGUCAAGGGUUUUGUGAAGCAGUAUCGCGAGGAGCUGACCAACCUGGAUAGCAAGGGACAUGAAAUGAACGAGAACUAUAGAGAGCUUCUGAAACAAUUCGGUGAGCCCCCCAAUACUGACUCGGAGGAUUUCUUCUCACAAGUGGCCAAAUUUUUGACUCAGUUCAAGCGUGUCUCACUGGAGCUGUACCCACCACCACCUCCCAGUCCAAAGGUGGAGAGAAGACCUCCUACUAUAAUGAUCGCAAAUAAACUAGUGGCCAUCGACGAAGUUGACGGUACACCUCCAAUGAUGACAAGUCUGUCCGUGCCCUCAAUUGUACAGUCUCCCUCGACUGACUCACUCAGCAACAAGACCAGGCCUAAGUCUCACAUCGUCACCACCCUCAACCAAGUGGGCCCUAACCUGAGGACUCCACACAGAGGGAGGAGCACAAUACAGAGAAACCAACUCAAACCAAAGGAUGGCUACCUCGAAAAGCUCACCAAAGACGGAAAGAAAUGGAAGAAGAGAUAUUUUGAACUAGAAUCAAGCAACCUUCACUACUACGAAGGAAAGGGACAGAAAUAUAGCGACACUAUUAAGCUGUAUUGUGUUCCCGUCAAGUUGAGCUCGGAUGAUCGUAAAAUUGUGACGAUUGAGACAGACAAGAGGGUGUGGUCUUUGAGAGCCGAAAAUGAACAUACAGCUGAAGAAUGGUUGACUGCUCUGCAGACGCAUAGUCAGGGCACAGCUAGAUAGAAUAGAGGUGUGGUUUAUUUAUUUAUUCAUGCAUGCACACAUGAUUUUUUUAUCUUUAAUUAAUAUAAAUAUAGAGAAUAUACAUUCUCUUGCUACUUAUUAUAGCUGAUUUAUUAUCGAGUGCCUAAAUUUCACCAUUAAUUAAUUUUUGGGUUUUUAUUAA